AUGAUUUCCGGGUUUCGCCCGGUUCCGGGCCGUUAUUCCGCAACAUGUCGAGCAUACUUUGGCAUUGCUCGAUUCCAUAGAACAUCAAAAUGCGCCUUUCAUGUAGAUGGGCGCAGUCGUGUGUCUAAUUUCUGGAUCCCGACGGGCGGUAUUACCAAAAAGCCCGUCCAGGGUGAGAAAGAGGAUGCCAAUGACCUCUUGAUCCGAGGUGGCUUUUUGCGACAGGCUUACUCGGGAAUAUUCCAUAUGCUACCUCUGGGACUGCGUGUGCAAGAUAAGCUGGAGCGUCUCAUUGACAAGCAUAUGCGAACAGUCGGCGCAUCUAAGGUGUCGUUAUCAUCUCUAUCCGCCCAGGAACUUUGGGAGCAGUCUGGACGUCUCAAAGAGGGCUCGGAGAUCUUUCGCUUUCAGGAUCGGAAAGAGUCCCGCUUUCUUCUUGCCCCAACUCAUGAAGAAGAAAUCACCACUCUGGUAGGACAUCUUACCAAAUCUUAUAGAGAUCUGCCUGUGCGGGUGUACCAAAUAUCAAGGAAAUACCGAGAUGAACAACGACCCAGACAGGGCUUACUUCGUGGGCGUGAAUUCAUCAUGAAGGAUCUCUACACUUUCGACUACAACGCUGAGAAUGCCCUUAAGACGUACACGGCUGUUAAGAAGGCUUACACAGAGCUCUUUGAUGAGCUCAAGAUCCCCUAUCUGGUUGCUGCGGCGGAUUCUGGAAACAUGGGCGGUAGCUUAAGUCACGAGUUCCACUUUGCUAGCAACAAGGGCGAGGACACGGUUAUCAGCUGUUCCAGCUGCGAUAGUGUCUACAAUGAGGAGCUUGCCGACGGAAAGGCCCAUAAUAUCGAUGACCAGCAGGUCCAAGUCGGUCACGCAUCCGGCUUUGACACCGGCGAAGUUUCCGGCGAAUCAGCGAAAGCUGUUUCUGUUGGCCUGUGGAUGGCGAUAUCACACGACAAAAACACACUGCUGCGCUGCUGGUAUCCGCAGUAUACCUUGAAGGACCCUAGUGAACCGCCAGCUGAAAGGGAAGUCAACUCCCAUGCCGUCAAAUCCAUAGCCAAGGCAGCCGGCAUAGACCUCGAUAUCAGUAUUGAGAACCCCCUGGAACAAUGGGCGACUCACAUUCAGUCAGAGGAGGCUUCCAGCCAGCGGCCCCGAGUGUUGGAUGUGUAUGACUCAUACGUACGGGCAUACAAGCGCCCUCCCUUGACGGACACACUGGACGGGAUCAACCGCGCGGUAGAGGAUAUUGACUUUUCAAAACUCGAUCGCUUCCCAGGAACCAACAACUAUCUCAACCUUGUACGGGUGCACGAAGGCGACCAGUGCUCGAAAUGCGGCCAAGGUCUGACAAAGACCCACAAAGCCACCGAACUUGGUCACACGUUCCACCUUGGCACGCGAUACAGCGAUGUCCUCCAGGCUUCUGUGGUGGUUGACCGCGCUCACCUCGACGCAGGCGACCGUUCAUUGUCUCAAAAAGACCAGUUGGUCCCAAUGCAAAUGGGCUGUCACGGUAUCGGAGUAUCGCGCAUGAUCAGCGCGGUAGCAGACAACCUGGCGGAUUCCAAGGGACUCAACUGGCCCCGGGCGAUCGCUCCCUACGAAGUCAUCGUCGUCCCUGCUAAGGGAUUGGAAGAGGAAGCCGAGAAAAUCUACGACGCGCUCACCUCAGAGACCACCACUGCCUUGGACGUCAUCCUGGACGACCGCGAUAAGCAGAUGGGCUGGAAGCUGGGCGACGCAGAUCUUAUCGGGUACCCUGUUAUUGUGGUCGUAGGCAAAGGCUGGAAAAAGCAGCGCACCCUGGAAGUGCAGUGUCGGCGACUUGAAGUACGUGAGGAUGUUGCCUUGGAGGCUCUGCCGGAGUUUGUGGGUUCUUUGCUUGAAAAGCUGUAG